AUGCCACCAAUCACUCGACAUCAAUUAAAAAAAAAUGGCCUGAAAACUGAACCUUAUUCCAAAGAGAACCGUCCAUUAGAUAGAAGAGCGGCUUUAUUAGAUCUUGUACCAAAUAAUGUAACUUUCAAAUCAACUCUUGAAGAAACGGCAGUUUCGAGACAUUCUACAAAGUCUGAUGAAUUAUAUACAACUGCUGUUGAUAGUACCCAUCAUUCUUCUCUUGAAAUCAACCACUCUGAUUUAUACCACUCUGCUGCACAAGAAUUAAGUGUCAAUAGUAAUGCAGAAGAAAUAUUUGAAAUAGAUCAGAACAGUUGGAAUAAUUUCAUGUAUGUAGGUUGUUAUGCACGAGAUAUUAUAAGAUACCUUAAACAAAGGGAAGAUAACUUUCCUAUUACUGAUUAUAUUAGUAAUCAACCUGAAUUAACUGCAAAACAUCGAGCAAUUGUUGUUAACUGGUUAGUAAGCCUACAAGAAAUGUAUGGGUUAAAUCAUGAAGUAUUGUACAUGGCUGUCAAACUAAUUGAUCUGUAUUUAAUGGAAAAUGAAACGUUACAAAAUAAAUUUCAACUUUUAGCCUCUGGAGCAUUAUUAUUAGCUACUAAGAUUGAUGAGAGGGGAGAGCCUGGUUUCCCUUACGACCUAGUCAAACAUAGCAAGUACAUUUAUACAGAAGAUGAAUUGUUUGUUACUGAAAAAGAAUUAUUUAGAGCUUUAAAGUAUGAAGUCAAUGUUCCCCUGUCUUAUGUAUUUUUGAGGCGAUAUGCCCGUUGCAUGAAAUGCCAAAUGAUUUUAUUAACUUUAGCAAGAUAUAUAUUGGAAUGCAGUUUAUUAGAUUAUUCAUUUGUGACUUUAAAAGAUUCAUUGAAAGCUGCAGCAUCCUUAUACUUAGCAUUUAAAAUGUGUAAUAAAGUGGUAGAAGCAAAAGAAUUUUUCAAAUAUACAGAGUAUCGAGUAACAGAAAUUAAAGAAACAGUAAUUAAAUUAAACAACAUGUUGCAUACUCAAAGUUCAAAUCUGUCUGCUGUCAAACAAAAAUAUUCGCAUGAGACUUUUUUCAAAGUUGCUAAUAAGUCAUUAUUAAACAAUUCCAAACUUACUUUUGACUAAACAAGGAAUAUUCAGCAUAUUUGGAAAUAAAAUGCAUUUUUGUUUAGUGAUCUAUUGAUAUUAUCAUUGUUUUUUUUUACUUUAUUUUUCUAAUAAGGUUUUUUUUAGACGGGUUCACUUUUUCAACAAAUUACACAUAUUUUAUAAAACGUACAAUGUAUAUUAUCCAUUUAAAAUUGUUUUGUAGUUAAGCACUUUAGUAGUUACUUGAAUAUUGAAACUAUCGUUAAUUUAUACUUAUAAUUUAGUGCCUYGAAAGUUUAGAAUGUACAUGGAUAUGUACUUCUAUAUUAUGUGUAUUCAAUUUUUUUUCUUUUGUAUCAGACUAUUGAGCUGAUUAAUAAUAAAUGUUUUAUUUUUAUCAUAUUGAUAAUGUUAGUGGCUGAUGUUAACGAAAUUAACUAUGAUUUGUAUUAUUGCCUUCCAUCCGAUUCCAAACUUUUAGAAAAUAAUUAAAAAUUGCGUGUAAUGAUAGGUGUUUAAUAUGUAUUUUUUUUUUAUCUAUAUAUUGUAAGGAACUAUAUUAUAUAAGUCUAUGGUUGUAUCAAAUUGAACUUUUCUUUUCAAUGUCAUAUUUUUGGGUAUUAUCUAGCUAAUCUUGUAUCUUGUUAAACUUAAUUUUAAUAAUAAAAAAUUAAGACAGUUAUACCUAUUGAUAAACGAUGAUUAGUUUCAAUUUAUUUUAGUUAUAUGUAAUUUGAA